GCAUAGUUUUGAUCUGUCUUCCAACUCUUCAGCUUCCAUUUUCUAACUUUCGAUUACAACCUUUCGUUCCUCUCUGCUCUUUUUGAUCAGUUUCAGACGUCAUGGGAACUCAUCAACCACCUCCUUCUGCCAAUGGUGAUUAUGCCCCCAACAACACUGUACAAGAAAAAUCAGAGAAGCAGAAAGCAAUUGAUGAUUGGCUACCUAUUAACUCAUCAAGAAGUAGAAAAUGGUGGUUUUCAGCUUUCCACAAUGUCACUGCUAUGGUUGGAGCUGGUGUGCUCAGUCUUCCCUAUGCCAUGGCCGAGCUUGGAUGGGGUCCUGGUGUGUUUAUCAUGGUCUUCUCGUGGAUCAUUACCUUGUAUACUCUAUGGCAAAUGGUCGAGAUGCAUGAGCUUGUUCCCGGGAAACGUUUCGAUCGGUACCAUGAACUGGGACAAUAUGCCUUUGGCGAAAAACUCGGUCUCUACAUUGUGGUGCCACAACAACUUAUUGUGGAAGUUAGUCUCUGCAUUGUUUACAUGGUUACCGGCGGCCAAUCGUUGAAGAAGUUCCACGACACUGUCUGUCCUAGCUGCAAACAGAUUAAGCUGACCUAUUUCAUCAUGAUUUUUGCCUCUGUUGAAUUUGUGCUGUCUCACCUUCCUAAUUUUGACUCGAUUUCUGGUGUUUCCUUGGCUGCUGCUGUCAUGUCCUUGAGUUACUCGACCAUCGCUUGGGCAGCUUCACUAUCUAAGGGUGUUCAGGAUGAUGUGCAAUAUGGCUACAAAGCGUCGACUACGCCCGGAACUGUGUUUGGCUUUCUCAGUGGCUUGGGAGAUAUAGCUUUUGCUUACUCUGGCCACAAUGUGGUGUUGGAGAUCCAAGCUACGAUCGAAUCUACUCCCGAGAGGCCAUCGAAGGGACCGAUGUGGAAAGGUGUCGUCGUCGCAUACAUAGUCAUUGCCUUGUGCUACUUCCCAGUUGCCUUAAUCGGAUAUUGGAUGUUUGGCAAUUCUGUCCGAGACAACAUCCUCCUCUCAUUGGAGAAACCAGCAUGGCUCAUUGCAAUGGCCAACAUGUUUGUUGUUGUUCAUGUUAUCGGAAGCUACCAGGUCUAUGCAAUGCCAGUGUUCGACAUGAUCGAAACUCUGCUAGUAAAGAAACUAGACUUCGCGCCUUCCCAAAUGCUCCGAUUCAUUGUUCGCAAUUCUUAUGUUGCAAUAACAAUGUUCUUCGGGAUUACUUUCCCGUUCUUCGGUGGUCUUCUCGGUUUCUUCGGAGGACUCGCGUUUGCACCAACAACAUACUUCCUCCCCUGUAUCAUGUGGCUUGUCAUCUAUAAACCAAAAAAAUUCGGCUUGUCUUGGUGGGCUAACUGGAUCUGCAUCGUAAUUGGUGUUCUAUUGAUGGUCCUAUCACCUAUUGGAGGAUUGAGGCAAAUCAUAAUUCAAGCCAAAGACUACAAAUUUUACUCUUGAAUCGUUGCCUUCAGACAAUUCAUUGGGUUUUAUAGUAUUUGUUUGCAGAAUAUAAACCCCAAUUAUUAGGGUCAUUAAGAGUAGUUUUAAUCCGUAAAUUCUGCAUUUGAGAAACGUUUCAGCUUUUAAGCAUUACGUGUACAAAAUAUAUCAACAUCAAUAAAAUGCAAAUUUCAAGGUU